CUGGAAGCGAGAAGAGAUCAGAAUCCUAGAAUAUCAGUGAAGCCUAACCAAAAAGGAGCGGAGCUUGGGAGACAGAAGACUAAGGCGGCUGAAAUUGAUGACUGCCAGAGCACCGCGAUAGGCGGCGAAGCGAGGGAGGUGAGGCGGCGGCCGGCGAGGAAGAGGGAAUUGGGGUUUCGUCAGGCCGUUACUUCCUUCCUGCUGUACACAUCGCCGCCGCAUCACCACGCAGCCGGCGCCGGAAAAAUCAGCCUCUGUCAACUCACAACCCAGAACAACCCAAACGUGAAAAAUCUUGCUAAAGCAUUGGUAAACGAAGAAAUCUCAGCCUUUCGAUUCGACUUUGCUGGCCAGGCAAAGUGCAGGCACAUUUGGAGGGAAGCUGAUGACUUGCGCUCUGAGCUCCGCGAUCUGGCCGACGAUAAGUACGCCAUCAUGUGCGUCCACCAUGACUACACCCCGAAGGAAACCACAAAGAUGGAUGGCGCCGUCCGGACAGUUUACCCUAGGAAGAACUGGUCCUCCAUGGUUCUCUACAACUGCGGGCACCCGAAGAACAAGGUGUUGACCCCGGAAGUUGUGAAUAACCAGACGGGUGCUUACCUCCACAGUGUGUUGACGAUCCAUGGAUCUGCUGACGCAAUUGUCCCUGCUGGAGAUGCAUCAGAAUUCGCCAAGGUCAUACCGAACCACAAGCUACACAUCAUCCAAGGUGCCGAUCAUGGAUACCGUUCUCAUCAAACUGAGCUCGCAUCUGUGGUUUUGGAGUUCGUUAAAUCGAGACUACAGCAGCAGGACAGGAGCUCUACUACUGCCUAGACACCCUUCUGGAUUUGCAGGCAGCAGUUGUAGUUUGCUGUUGUUCUCUGAUUAACAGCAUAACAGUAGUCAGUAGCUAUACUUGAUAUCAUAUUGAUCUCUUUUUGAGGAAUGCUUGCAGUUCAGUUGAUAUAUUACUGUAUUAGUCACUGCCGAGACUUUCCAGUGUAUAGCGAUUAACAAUAUAGCUUGCUUGGCCUACAUCUGUAAGGGAAAAGAAGUUUUUAUUUUAUGUACCCGAAUGACCAAACUACAAA